AGGUAGCGCCAGAGCGGAGGGGAGUGUUCGGCGAUGCAGCACAAGCUCUGACUGCAACUCCUCGACAUGCUGCUGCAGCCGCCGCUCUGCUGUUUUCUGCUGCUGACCUUCGCCUCUGUUCCGCCAGCUGCCGGUCAGACGGCGGCGGGAGGAGGAGGAGGAGGCGGCGUGGAGAGGAUCCAGGUGAUGUUCACGCCGACCAUCUGCAAGGUGCGCUGCAGCCAGGACCGAUGUGUCAACUACUGCGAGAGAGGCAACGUGACGACGCUGUACAGCAGCGCCGAGGGAGGAGGGCGGCGAGACGGAGCCCACGGACCGGGCUUCAGAGUCUUCGUCUGUCCUCUGCUCUGUAAGAACGGAGGCGUCUGUCUGCAGCAGGAUCGCUGUCUCUGUCCUCCAAACUUCACCGGAAAGUUCUGCCACAUCCCCGUCGCCCCGACGGCCGCCGCCGCCUCCUCGCCCGCCUCCACCAACGAGAUCGUCAAACCCGCCCUCCUCUCCGCCAUGGUGACCAAUCAGGAGCUGACCCAGUCCGAGUUCCUGCUGCCGCUCGGCCAGAACCGGGAGGCCACGAGAUCAGAAGCUCUCGGUCCGUCCAUGGUGAAGGUCCGAGUCCAGCAUCCAGCCGAGGCCAGCGUCAGCGUCCACCAGGUGCUGAAGGUGUCUGGGUUCGGUCCCACCUUGCGGACGCUCUCGUCUUCCUCCUCCUCCGGGUCGGCCGGCGCUCCGGCUCCGGGGGGAGGUCGGGUUCAGGCCCAGACGGUGAGAGGCGACGGCGUUUACACUCAGCACUCCGGAUUCAAAUACUGCUUCAGAGAGGUGAAAGACGGACAGUGCAGCUCUCCACUUCCUGGUCUGAGGAGCAGAGAGAUGUGCUGCAGGGGCAUCGGGAAGGCCUGGGGCAUCACCGACUGCGUCCUCUGUCCUGACAACACAGGUGACAAACACACAUGCAACACGACAACACACAAGCUGGAGGGAACACAGUGUGUAGAUGUGAAUGAGUGUCUGCAGCCGGGGCUGUGUGAGAACGGCGUCUGUGUGAACACCAGGGGGAGCUAUAGCUGUGUUUGUAGGCCGGGGUUCAUCCUCGACGCCUCGCACGGACUCUGCAUCUCCCACAGCGUGAUCUCCGAGGAGAAGGGUCAGUGCUACCGGGUCCUGGGUUCUGGUCUGGGUCCGUCGUCCUGCUCGCUGCCCAUCCUCAGGAACAUCACCAAGCAGAUCUGCUGCUGCAGCCGGGUCGGCAAAGCCUGGGGACCCGACUGCCAGAGGUGUCCGUACUUUGGUUCAGUGGCCUUUAAGGAGAUCUGCCCAGCCGGUCCCGGGUAUCAUUACUCGGCCUCGGCCGUGCAGUUCAACCAGAGAGUCACCGAGCAGCUGGGCAGCCGAGGAGCUUCGCUGGUAACCCACGGCAACCAGGACAACCGGGACAACAAGGAGAACCAGGAGAACCAGGGUCCUGGUUCUGGGUCCAGUGGCAGCGGUGGAGCCUUCAGGACUCAACAGAAACCUUCCUCCUCUGGUGGAGCGAGUACCUCCGGCGCUGCAUCAACUGGUACCAGAACCAGUCCAGCUCAGCCUCAGCCUCGACCCCUACCUCAACCCCUACCUCGACCUCAGCCUCAGCCUCAGCCUCAGCCUCAUCUUCAGUCCCGCCCGGCCGCUGGUUCCCCCUCCAGACCCGCCCAGCCCGGCAGCACCACGGUCACCCAGGUCCGACCCGGAGCCCAGCAGAACCAACCUGACUCUGCCCCGUCAUCACCAACACAACUGAGACCUCAGCCUCCGUCCGCCGGGACUCAAGCAGGCGGUCGGCCGUCAUCCGGGUCCCGACCCGAUCAGCCAACAACCCGAGGAGACUCCCUUCCCGCCCCGGGCCAGCCGAGGAGCCCCGAUCGUGGGUCGAGACCCGGCGGAGAGCUCCUUCCGCAGCAGAACCGACCAGCUGUGAGUCCAACGACCCGACCGGCCAGAGUCCAGAGUGAGUACCAGCAGAACAUUUAUCGUCUGGGUGUGUGUGUGUGUGUGUGUGUGUGUGCAGAUGUGAAUGAGUGUGUUCAGUCUCCAGGUGUGUGUUCGGUGGGAGAGUGUGUGAACAGCGCCGGAAGCUUCCGGUGUGUUUGUCCAUCCGGAUACAGGAGCAGCAGCCAGCAGACCAGCUGUCAAGACGUGGACGAGUGCCUCCAGAAUCCCUGCAGCAACGGUCGCUGUGACAACACGCCGGGCAGCUACAGGUGUGUCUGUCGCCUCGGUUACCGACUCACCGGCAACACCUGCACAGACGUGGACGAGUGCGUCGACCCGCUGAGGUGUCCGGGUCAGGAGUGCAUCAACACUCAGGGCUCGUACCGCUGCGUGUCCUGCCAGCCGGGCUACGGGCUCCUGAACAGGCUGUGCACAGACAUCGACGAGUGUCGGCAGGCUCCCUGCUCCAACGGCCGCUGUGAAAACACACCCGGAAGCUACCGCUGCGUCUGUCGCCAUGGUUACAAGCUCCAGAACAACACCUGCACAGAUGUAGACGAGUGUGCAGAACCGUCUCAGUGUCCCGGACAGAUGUGUGUCAACUCCGUGGGAUCGUACAGGUGUGUGUCCUGUCAACGGGGAUACACACUGACCGACAGACACUGCACAGACAUCGACGAGUGUCUGAGCGCGUCGGCGUGCGAGGCCGACCGCGUGUGCGUGAACACCGUCGGCGCGUUCAGGUGCGACUGUCGACCCGGGUAUCGGACCUCCGGCCUCGGGAGGCAGUGCAGAGACAUCAACGAGUGUCUGGAGGGAGACUUCUGCUUCUCCAGAGGCGAGUGCGUCAACACGCCCGGCUCGUACACCUGCGUCUGCUCGCAGGGAUUCACGCUGAGCGACAACCGGACCAGCUGCCUCGACGUGGACGAGUGUGCGAAGCCGGGCGUUUGCUCAGACGGCCGCUGCCUGAACACCGAAGGCUCCUUCCGGUGCCAAUGUGACACCGGCUUCACCGCCAACCCCGAGAGGAACGCCUGCCUCGAUGUAGACGAGUGCGUCUCGUCCGGCGGCUCGGUUUGUGGCUUGCAGCGAUGCGAGAACACGAUUGGCUCGUUCCGCUGCCUCACUUCCUGUGAGCCGGGCUACCAGGUGGUGCCGGGCGGCGGCUGCGUCGAUGUUAACGAAUGCACCAACACCACGGUCUGCGGAGAACACGCCUUCUGCCAGAACCUCAUAGGAACCUACCUGUGCGUCUGCGACCAGGGGUUCAUCUCCACCGCCGACGGGAAGGCCUGCGAGGACGAGGACGAGUGUGUGUCUCUGCCGGGCGUGUGCGGUUCUGCUCGGUGUGAGAACAUGGAGGGAUCCUUCAUGUGCGAAUGCGACCGAGCCGGAGAGGAGUUCGACACGACGGCCAGACGGUGUGUCGGCACCACAGAUGCAAGGGUUGUCCCCAACUAUCCCACCUCCUCGUCUUCUGCCUCCUCUUCAUCUUCCUCCGCCUCUUCCUCUUCAUCCUCCUCUUCCUCUUCAUCUUCUUCUUCCUCUUCUUCGUCGUCCUCCUCGUCCCCCCAGUCUUCUUCUUCUUCUUCCUUCCACGUCAGCGUGGUGGAGCUGGCCCCGAUGCUUCCUCCUCUCCCUGCAGCCCGACCAGGUGAGCUGAGGGAGUGCUACUACAACCUGGCUGAGCGAGGAACCUGCAGCCUGCUGGCCACCAACACCAGCCAGCAGGAGUGCUGCUGCACGGUGGGGGAGGGCUGGGGGCUGGGCUGCCAGUACCACACCUGUCCAGCAGCAGACACAGCCGAGUUUCUGUCUCUGUGUCCCAGUGGACGAGGAUACACCACCGCUGGAGCCGGAGCCUUCAGCUACAGAGGUACAAACACCAUCACACCUUUAUAUGGAGCUGCAGGUGAAUUUAAACUUCAUCCAUGUUUGCUUUAUAUACUUGAACUCUCUGCAGACGACUACGCCAGCCUCUGCAGCUCCUUCCCUCCUCCUCCUCUGUUCCCGGAGACGUUUCCGGACUCGACCGGAUCAGAACCCGGACUGAGACCAGGACCGGGACGGGGAGGAGUGAACGCUCCUCCCCUGCUGCCUCCCUAUGGCCUGGACUUCUUUCCUCCGCCGGUGGUUCCCGGCAGAGACUUCAGUCGUCCGGACUAUGACGACUACUCCCCAGCAGGGGGCAGCAGGUCGGGCUUCAUCGGGAGGACGCCGUCCUCCUUCGGCCUGCCGGAGUUCGGCACUGGUUACUACACUGAGGGAGACUACGGACCUCCAGACGGCUCCAGAACUCCGUCCUUCCGCCUCCCUCCGGACCCCCGAGCCGAGAUCUCGUUCGGUGCCCGGCCGCCUCCUCCGUCCCGGCCGGACGGUCCUCCUCUCAGCCUGGCGCCGCUGCCCGGAGCCCCUCGAUACGAGGAGGAAGAGGAGGAGGAAGACGACAGGACGUGGAGGCCCGGACCACCGUUUCCUCCUUUCACAGGAGACAGGAGCCGAGGAGGAGCAGCACCGAGGAGGCUGUACGAGAGUGAGUCNUACGCCGGCCUGAGCGCAGCAGAGGAUUGUGGGAUAGUUAACGGCUGUGAGAACGGCAGGUGUAUUCGCGUUGCCGAGGGUUACACCUGCGACUGUUACCAAGGAUACGAGCUGGACAUGACCUCCAUGACCUGCAUCGACAUCAACGAGUGCGAGGACGGCGUCGGCGUGGAGUUCCCGUGCGUGAACGCUCGCUGCGUGAACACCGACGGUUCGUUCCGCUGCGUCUGCCGGAGAGGAUACGUCAUGUCCCGCCGACCCAACCACUGUGUGGCCGCUUAGGACCGGACCGGCACCCGUUAGAACCGGCUGACCGACUGGACUCCACAGUGGCGGACUGGACUGGCUUCAUCACUGGACCAGAUGUGACAAACUAGACUGGACCAGGCCCACAGAUACUGGACUGAAACACUCUAGAUUGCACUAAACUGGGUAACGCUAGCCGGAUUUAAGAGCAACUUAGCGCCACCUUCACAAUCCAAACCAACACUUCCUGCCCCCCGUUCCCAUUUAUUUACCUCGCCAGUGUUUCCAGUUGGAUUUUCCACCCAGCUGGGCUUGUUUUUCUUUAGCUGGGCAGGUAAGAACUGAUCAGGGCUACGGUGAAACCAUUAGCGCCCAAAAGCUGCAAUUAGGUGUCAAAUCCAGUCACGUCUGAACACAUGAUCCACAUACUUUGAUGCUCCUUCCAGUUCAGAAGUUGCCUGAUAAUCGACACGUUUUUAGGUUUUCUUCAGCGUCAAACUAAUUCAGUAAAAGUCGCGAGUACUUCCAGUGGUCUGCAGCCAGCAGGAGGUGCUAAUAGCAAAUUCUGCUAACCUGAUUUUCUUAAAUUAAACAAUAACACAAACGUAAACCAUCCUUAGGUUGUGGAAAAACGACAAAUCUGGAUUUUUUAAUAGCUGGUCCAACCCGAUCCUGGUCCCAAUCCAUAAUGGUCACAACAGCAAAAACAAAGAAAGAAAAAAAGAAAAGGUAGAAAUUAUACGUUUUACUGCACAAGUAGACCGAUGAAGAUGCAUAUCAAGUGUUAACUCAAAAGCCAGUCCAGCCCCGUUUGGCUCCAUUAUUUAAAUACGGCUGCACUGGAAUCGAUCUGCACUAAAACCUCAAAAGUUUAUCACGUUAAAGGUUGUUUUCAACGAGAACAAGUACUGAAGUCGUGCAGUGAAAGAAGCAACAGCUUUAUGUGUGUUUAUUUUAGUUUUAGGGAUACAUAGAUGUCACUAAGAGCUGAAACUGAUUUCAAUAAUAAACUGCAGCAUAAAUGAAUAUUUAAAUCUCAAAGAUCAAUCUGUUAAAUAAAGAUUUAAAGGUGCCAUUUGUUGACGAAAAAAAAAGUAUAAAAUAUUGUCUGACUUUAUUAAUGAACGAAUUAUGAGCAAUAAAAUAGUGAAGUAACAUAGCUAGCACAUUCAGCCGCACUAGCAUCACAGCUUACCCAUCGUAAACAACUAAAAGCUAAGCUAACGUGAACAUUUUAGCUAUUGAGCAGUAGCUAAAGUUUUGUUUAACAUGUAUUUACGUUGUUGAAGUUAAUUUACAACACAUCCUAUGUGAAUCACUAAUGAGUCAUUCACUAGCUAAACACUAAUAUGCAACGUUAGCUCUUAGCACACUAGCUAAAGAACAAGAAUAAAGUUAGUUAGCUUGGAGCAUUGUUCUACUAAAAAAAUAUACUGAGUCUACAGAUCCGAAUUUCCCAGUUUAAUUCAUCGCAACCGCUAAACUGUAUAUUUUGACAUUUUUUAUUAUGUAGCAAGCUGCUAGCUGUUAGCUCAAGAGACAAUAUAAAAGCUGAGAAAUGUUAGCUUUGGUGUGGAAAAUGAAAAACGUUCUACUGAAAAUAAUUUGUUCGCUAAAAACUGCAACAAGUUCAUAUUGCCCCCCGCUAGUUAAUUUUAAGUGUUAAAUUAGAUUCUGCAGCAAUGCUUGUAGCUUACUAGCUAGUGAGCUGCUAGCUGUUAGCGCAAGAGCUAAGAGAGGAGCUUGGAGGCGUUAGCUUCAGUGAGGAAAUGUAGGAAAUUGAAGUGUUACUCUAUUGAAAAAUAAUUUGCUGCUGAAAUACUGAAGUGACAAACCUAAAGUCUGCCAUUUAAUUAAUUUUGAGCACUAAAACGCAUUUACUGGCAAUAUUUAUUAGCUUAUGAGCUGUUAGCUUGAGAGCUAAUAAACAAGCUAGGAAGUGUUGGUUUAUAGUCUGAGAAAUAUUUUUGUACUGAACAGAAUUUCAUCACUGAAAUAUGGCAACAGCUCCAAAUUUCUCUAAAUUCAUUUUAACAACGUGUUUUCUGGAAACACUGGUUAGCUAGCGAGCUGUCAUUUGUUAGCUGUGCAGCUAAUAAAUAAGCUGGAAACUGCAGAAUAUUUUUCUACUUAAAAUAAUUUGUUUGCUAAAAACCUGCAGCAAUGAGGCCAAAUACCCCCCAGUGAUUUCAUUUUAAUGGCUGAAUUAUAUUUUCUGGCAAUUUCUAUGAGCUAAUGAGCUGCUAGCUGUUAGCUUAAGAGGCUAUAGAGACACUGUGAGGUGUUAGCUUCAGUGGGAAAAGUAGGACAUUUCAGUAAGCGUUGCUCUAUUGAAAGAUGAUUUGCUGCUGAAGCCCAAAGUUCUAAUUCAUUUUAAUCACUGAACUGCGUUUAGCUGCUAGCUGUUAGCUUGAGAGCUAAUCAACAAGCUGGGAAGUGUUAGCAGCAAGGAUAUUUGCUAAAUUAUGAGUCCCCAUUUAGCUUUUAUAUGUCUUAAAUUCCUCCAUAAUGGUCGUGUAAAUGCUGUUUUAAAGCCGUUUCUGGCUGAUAAAUGCGAACUCACUUCGUUAUAUUUUAAUCUGACUGAACUUGUUUGGUUUAAAACGGCCACAUUUAUAAAUGUGUGUCAACAUUUGGAGCGUUUUGUUCUUCAGCUUUAAUCUGAAAAGAUAAAAUAGCGCAUAUUAAAGUGCCUGAUGUGACGUUAACGUAGAAACCGCUGAGUGGGAGGCGUUUUUACUGGUAACGGUUUACAGAUACUUUAGUUUGUACAGAACAACUUUUUAAACCAUCAACACUGUCUGAGUGGUUCACAGCAACACUACCGAUUAUGUUCUUUAUUUUUCUUCUUGUCGUCAAAUCUCAGGUGCAGAUUCACAUAAACGCUGAAAACAAUCCUCCAGUGAAUUUUCUGAUCAGCUUUUAUCUGCAUUUGGGAUUUUAAAUGAGAAAAAUACAGAACGAGUCACUUUUUAGUUCAUAUUUUGUGUCUUCUGUUGACUUUCCUGAACCGUGCUGAUGUCUGUACUUUAUAUUUGUUGUUGUUUUUUUCUCCAGAACAUUAAUUCAAACUUUGGUGCAGCUUCGGCUCCUGAACGUCCUGGAAGCUGUCGUGUAUAUAAUAAUUCUCACAGAAUAAUCGAGUGUUUAUUGUGUUUUUUUUUUUAAUGAAUUAACUUCCUGAUGACGAACUUCCUCCUCGGCACCUGCAGUUUGAAGUGUAACGUGCACUGAAUCUCCCAGAGACCAGGCGGCACUCUGAACUCUGAACGUGUUUUUAAUGAUUCACUUUUUAUCACUGUUGUUUGUAAUGACAAGAAAUGGAAAUAUAUUUGCACACACUUUUACUGAC